UAUAUAUAAUUAUAUUAAUUAUAUAUAUUCAUACGUUCUUAUAUAAAAAAAUUUUUAUUGGGCAUUGCAGUCAAAAAUGUUAAUAUUUUAACUAUCUAGUUAUUAUAUAUAAAUAACUGACUAUAAAGACUUCAAGACGUCUAUAUAAUCCAUACAAAAUUAUUUUAAAUGUGAUUAACUACGAGAUAAUCUUAUUAAAAUGAAAUAUACGUAAUAUAAAAAUAAUGAAUUAUAUAUUACUUAUUAGUGACACACAGUGAAAUAUAUUACAGAUAAUAACUAUUCAAAAUAUCAAGCAUGGUGUUUGUAGAAAAAUUAAUAUAUUAUGUCUCUAUUAUUGCCAUUCGUAUUAUUAUCAACUUUAGAUCCAAUUUAUUUCUUCGUAAUUUUGGUAUAUUUUAGAUACCAUAAUAUUAUAUAUAAUACAGAAAUGUUUGAUACUUUUUUUAUGUGUAUAUAAACAAUGCAUUUAAAAUGAGAAGAAAGACAGAACUACAGAAUCUGAGACUAUAAAUGGGCAUCAAUACGAGUGAUAAUUAAUUAACAUAUAUAAACGAGAUUACAAAGAACAGAUAUGAACUAUUAUUAGAAGUUGGAUAAAUAUUAUUUUAUUGUUUCAAUCUUAAUGCUAUUAUAUAUUAAAACAUUAUGCUUUUUAAUAUUUUAUAAUGCAUGAUUUGAUGUAUCAAGAGACACGGUAGUGGCUCGCGCUAAGUGAACGGGCAGCGCGAGACCGAUCGUGUUCUUUACGCCAGUACGCGAUUUGCAAGCACCCGAGUUUUAAAUUACGCGCUAAUUUGGCUGUGCUGUCAGAACGCGGGACAUGUAUGUGUGCGCUCCACGCCAAUCGCUCAACGCCAUCUCCUAAGCCUAUACACGUAUGUACAUAUGCUGCACAUAUGCUGUAUGGAGUAGUGCACUCUCAAAUAGAAUGCACUCUAGGGCUGCGUUCCGAUGAUUGCCAUUUUAGAAGAGCUUGUCAUUGAUAAAAACCAUCCUAGUUGUAGACCGGCAAUUUUAAUCGACAUUCGUUUUGUGUUAUUCGUUUAACUUGUUAACUGCGAUCGACUGAGUUGAACUGUGACGAAGGAUAUUUUUCUACAAAGCUGCUUUUAUUUAAAAGAAUCACCUGCGAACUUUGGAUAUUAUCGAGAUUGGAUGCAGGACUCGAUAAAUUUUGCAAGGAAAGAAGAAUUUUUAACCUAACCUUAACACGUAACUAUAAAAUGAAACCGACAUUAAAAAAUUCGGUAAUUAUUUAGUUUAGGCACUGGUAUUCAAAUAUCGAUGUAGUUGUGCUUAUUCGAUACAGUUUUGCUUCAAACGAACGAAUCUGGCAAAAAAAAGCGUCGCUCUGCCCCGGAAAGCGAAAUAAUAAUCGUAAAAUUUGUCGAAUAUUCAGGUUAAGAAAUCUGUCAUACCGACGAAAUGUAGCGACACGAACACUCUCCGCGGCCAUGUGCGCAUGCUUUACAGUCAUAUGUACAUGCUUCGCGGCCAUAUACGCAUGCUCGGUCGUCAUAUGUGUAUGAAAUAAAGGCGCGAAUUUAAAAUGUAUGUGUACUUUUAACGACUUCCUUGUAUUCUAAUAGUAACUAAUAAUAAAUGAGUCUACAUAUACUGAAAAUAAUAAAUACUGUAAAGAUUAGCAAAACCCCUACGCAAGGUGGAACUUUUACAUGUACUUUUAUUAUACUUUUUAUUACAUUAGAAUGCACAAAAUUUAAACAACCGUUAAAAUAAAUGAGCAACGAUGUCAUUGUUGCUGCAAGUCACAAUGCAACAUGUUGGGACUAUUCGACUUUGUUUAUUUAACAUACGAUAACGAAAAGUUAAUAGAUUUUUUAAUCCAGCAUCAUGUCUUGACAUCUACAAUUACAUGUAGUGAAUGUGGUAAUGAUAUUACCAUCAAUAAAAAAACAUUAAUGUAUCGAUGUCAAAAACGAUACUAUGUGAAGAAUGUGCACAAAAAACGUGUCGCAAAACAGUGCAAUUUUUACAAAAGUGCCAAAGUUGGUACUUGGUUCCAUAAAAGUCAUCUUGACGUGGCCACAAUAUGCAAGAUUGCUGCUUGCUUUUUAAUGCUAAGGCAUCCACGUCAAGAUGACACCCAAUCAGAAACUGGUGUUUCUUCGACCACGGUUGUAGACUGGUUCAAUUUCUGCAGAGAAGUCUGUGUAUUCUGGGCCGAAAAGAAUAGUGAGAAACUUGGUGGCCCAGGACACAUUGUAGAAAUUGACGAAGCCAAAUUAGGAACAAGAAAAUAUAACCGUGGUCGACUCAUAAAAGGUCAUUGGAUAUUUGAAGGAUAUGAGCAAGAUACAAAAAAGGUUUUUAUUGUUCCAGUAGAGGAUCGAAGUGAAAAAACACUCUUGGCAUGUAUUAAGGAGUGGAUACUGCCAGGAACUACAAUCGUAUCAGAUUGUUGGAAGUCCUAUAAUUGUUUGAACAAUGAGGACUUCCAACAUCUGACUGUAAAUCACUCCUACAACUUUGUUGAUCCUGAUACUGGAGCACACACACAGCAUAUCGAGCGGGUUUGGAGAGAAGUUCGAGGCAAUAUUCCAAGAUAUGGAACUAAAGAGGACCAUGUUCUUGGAUAUUUGUGUGAAUUUCUCUUCAAACGUGCUCAUAGUCGCUUAGAGCGAAUUGAAACCUUCUUCGAUAUCAUUGGAGAAUUAUAUCCUCCAUUGUCUACUGACCUGGAAUCACCAAUAUCCAAAAGCCAGGAAGAACCAAGUACCAGCACUGUAUAAAGACAAGUUUUUUGUGCACAUUCUUCACAUAGUAUCAUUUUUGACAUCAAUAUAUUAAUGUUUUUUUAUGGAUGGUAAUAUUAUUACCACAUUCACUAUAUGUAAAUUGUAGAUGUCAAGACAUUAUACUGGAUUAAAAAAUUUAUUAACUUUUCAUUGUUGUAUAUUAAGUGCACAAAUUCAAACAGUCCCAACAAAUGAUCUAGUAAUAAUCAACCAUCAUUAACAAUCCUUGCGUAAGGAUCUUGCUAAUCUUUUGUGUGGAAAGUCGCAAACUCAUGUGGUGCAGAGAAUGCUUUACGCACACA